AUGGCGGAAAACUUGAAGGACUGGCGGCGGGGCGGUUGAACUUGUUGUUCUUGUUGCAGGAUAUGUUAUGUCGUGUAUUGGAGUAGCUGUGGAAUCCAUAUAAAAUAUUCUUUCCGAGGAUUUGUACAUCAUGGAUGUCGGAGAACGGGAAUUCUUACGCGACCAAGUUCAGCGGCUGAAUGCAGAGUUGCAGCACUAUCAGGAGAAGUAUAUGCCUCUGGAAGAGAAGGAAAAGGCAAGCUUGCAUACUUCAGCAGGUCCUCCGGCUCCAUGGCUGACAAGUAAAAAUUUAUUAUCGCCACUUAUUGCUGAAUAUGAUCACCAGCUGUCAUCGCUACGGAAACAGAUAAAAACAUACAAGGCUGAACAUGUGGAACUGUCUGGGAAAAUUGACAAACUGGUGAAUGAAAACAACAGGUUACACAAGGAGUUGAAAGCCAGUAUUCAGGGACAGCUAGAGGCAGUGCAUCAAGUCUCUAGGGCAGACACCAGCAUAAUUGAAGAGCAACAACUUAUCGACAAUCUACAGAAGCAGAUAACUCUAAUCACACAGGAGAAAGAUUCUGCUGUGGAGAUGUGGCAAGAAACAGUGCAAGAGUUAGACAGACUUGCCAAGGAACACAGGGAUAUGUUGGGGAACAAUGAAGCUCAAACCCAAAGAUACCAGGCUGUUCAGGAAAAAAUGUCCGCCUUAAUGAGUCAGAAUCAAAUCUUGGUGACUGGAAACCAAAAACUAGACAUGGCCAGUCAGCAUCUCCAGCAGGUGAUUGCCUCCCAGUCCCAAGAGCUAGACACACUCAGGGAUCACCUCAAGAGAGCCAGGACUGAUCUCAGAGCAGCAAACCUACAACUGGCUGAGAUGAGAAACACAGCUGAGAAGCUCAAAGAAGAAAAUCUGGCCAAGGAGAGGGAGAGUCAACAGGCCAAAGGUCGAGAGGAAUCAGCCGACAGUAGAUUGACACAGCUACAGGCUGUGGUCAUGGACCUAGAACACAGAUUAACUAAUUUAUCUGAAGAAAAUGCCCAGUUGCUUGCCAACCUGAAGGAACAGGAGGAGAGGAUGCGAUCCUUACACCACAAGUGUGGCAAAGCUGAGCGGAGAGAGCAUGAAGCAUUGGCCCAGGUACGAGACAGCAUCCAGAUGGUGGAAAACGCUCUGCUUGAGAAAGAUCAGGCCCUGGUGCGCGAGCAGCAGAAGACUCAUGAACUAGGCAGGCUCCAGGAAGCCCUGUCCAAGCUGAUCAACGAGGCUGGCAAGAGAACCAGACAAGAGGUGGACAACGUCAGGAAACAGUGCAACACCAACAUUGGGAAACUCAUGGAGGAGAUACAGAGCCUAGAAAUGGAGAAUGCCGAGAAGCAAGCUGAGAUUGAAAGAGCCAUGAGGGAGAAGAGGGCAGUAGAACAAGAACUGGAAACAGUGUACAAGGAGGGGACCAAGGGGCCGGAUGACCAUCUGUAUCAGGAGCUACAGGGUCGGGUUAACAUAGCUGAAAGGAUGAGAUCACAGGCGGCAGUGCAAGUGCAGAAACUAGAGAAGGCUAUGCAGAGAAUGGAGAGCAGCCAAGAGGAGGAGAAGUCCCAGAGCCUCCUGAUCAAUGAGCAGCUGAAACAGCGGCUGGACAAAGUGGGCAAGGAAUGUGAGGCAGUGUCAGAGGAGAGGCUGAGACUGACGGAGGUUGCGGAUGAUUACAAGAGACGACUCCUGACUGCCCAGAAGGAGAAAGCUGUAGCUGAGAGGAAGUGUCUGUCGCAGAUGACGGCCAUGCAGCAGGAGACGAGCCAGUUACGAGCGGAGUACGAAGCCAGGCUGGACAGCACCGAGCAAGGCAACCGUCAGGCCAUGAAGGAACUCCGAGAGAUGCUGACCGCUCAGCAGAGGAUGAGUGCAAAAUGGAGGGAGGAAUCCAAAACACUUGCCCAGAAAUUUGAGGCCAAAGUGAAUGAUCUCAGAUCAGAGAUAGCCAUGCACAAGCAGCGUUCGGAGGAACUGACAUCACAACUCAGCCAGCAGAGGGAGAUGUUUCUGGAGAGUGAGAGGAAGCAAUCAGAGGAAGCAGAAACGAUUCGCAAACUCAACCGCAAACUUGCCGAUACUGAACUCAGGGCUGCCACUACAACUAAACAGCUGUCGCAGCAGUUAGCCAGAGAGAAGCGACUGCUGCAUGACAGGAAACACCUGCAGAAUGAACUGGAGAAGCUCAAGCUAGAAUCCAGUCGGUCCAUCAGGUUACCUGAUCCAAUCCACUUAUCAGACUUAGACAGACCUGAAGCCAUGCUAGCAGCCAACAGGAUCCACAACGGCAGAGCGACGAUGACCCUAGGCCAACAUCUCAACCUGAAUGGCAACAAUGCAGCAGGUGGCAUGGGUGGAGGGACCACUAGCCACAUCAGCAGUGUCCGCAGCGGGCGAUCCUCUUCUCUUGGGAGUGGCAACUCUUCACCGAUGUAGUUUAUAUAAGAUGUGCCCCGUGGAGGAAUGUGGUUGGACAUGGGGUCAAUCUCACGGGCUGCUUAAUGGAUAAAGGAAACAUCCCAGCAGGUUUCAAAACUUGGAUAUGCUGAUCCUGUUCCCUGCUCUACCCUUCAGUCCGCCUUGAGUAGAAAUACCCUCUGAAUGCUUGAAAAGACUCAUGUUGGUGGGGAGUGUAUUAGGGAUUAGAUUCCUCAGCUUUUCAGCUGAUUUCAGCUUUUUUUCCCUCACUGGAU